AGUACAUACACAGUUCAUUUAGUUUGAACGCUUUAUAAGUUUGAGUUGUUUAUUUUUAAGUUGUUGCCUCAAAUAUAUCUAGUUUAUUAGAACUGUCAUACAAAAAUUUAUACAGUUAACAAUUUAUUAUUUUAAUAUUCAUAUUUGUAGAAUAUAAUGAGUUCUAAAAGAACUAAUAAUAGUGUUACUGGCAGCCAACAGAAGAAACACAAAACUGUUGAUCAUAAUGGUUACUUACACAAAACUCUAUUGGAAAGCGGCUUAAUAUUGAAGUAUCCUCCAGAAAAGUGUAUGGCUUCAGAUGAGCCUGUCAUUAUAAUACGCAAUAUAAAGAAAAAUGUACAGAAACAUUUUGACUAUCCUCGAAAUAUAACAGAUUUAUUUACGAGCUUAGAACAAGAAUGUCAAAAUUUAGAUUUAUUCAAACAAUAUUUAUUCCCAAAUAUUGUAAGAAAUAUUGGAGAUAACUCUGAAGAAUAUGUACUUCAAGACAGUGUUUUUAAAAUACUGCUAAGUGUUCCUAUUCUUCAAAAUAAAUUGGCUGAUUAUAUAUUCGAUAAAGCUAUAGAUUUAUCUGCUGAAUCGAAAUGUGGCCCAUGGAUCCAAAUGAUACUCAAAUGUUUUUCUUCUUUGGAUAACUUGUCAAACACAGAUAAAAUUGCUACACAUCUUAUUAACUUAUUAGACAUCACUACAGAGAAGAUUGUUCGUUUAGAAAUUAUAUCUGCUAUCCCCGACAUUAUAGGUGACCAGGAACACAGCAAUAUUGCAGCUGAAAUGAGUAGAAUACUGAGUGAGGAUCAUGACUUAAUACCUGCUAUUUUAGAAUGUCUUUCAUAUCUUUGUCUAUCUAAGGAGGACUAUGAGCAGUUGCAAAAAAAGACAUUAAAUAUUUUGAUGAGUUUGUCCAAGUGUGCACAUUUUCCUAAUUUUGUUAAGUUUUUACUUCAACCUGCCCGCAUUAAUGAUGCUGCAUACUUAGAUGCAGUUCAAGGGUUAAGGAACACUCUUGGCUGGUCAACUUCAAUAUCCAAACAGCAGGAGAUUGCUACAAGUCAAGUACUUACAGCAGUUGCUAUUCGAAACUCUAUGGUAUCAUCAAAAGUAAUUGCUAAUGCAUGGUUAAAAGUGGCAUCCACAGUUAAGAGUAGUACAGAUCAUAAACCAAUUGAUAUUAUUAUACUCUUAAUUUUAUAUUCAACAUCAGAAGAAAAACAGAAACUAGUAGAUAAUGUUAUAAAAAAACAAAUCAAAUGUAAUGUUCUCAAGGAAGUGCUUGUAGAUGAAUGUUUUGAGAAAUUUAAACCAAUACUGAAGGAUUAUUUAAAACAUCUUAUAUGUCUUACAAAUUCUUUAAUGAAAGUAAAAGCAGAUACAACUAUUGCAUCGUUUGCUUCACAUUUAUAUACACUGAUGUUAUCCAGGCUUGAUGAUAGCUGCCAAACAGUUGUAUCUGAAAUACUUCAAUUAGGUUUAGAUAGUAAACAUUGUGUUCUAAAUAUACUAUUUAUACUAAAUAAUGUUGCAUCCCAAGAUCUAUCUAUACUAAAGCCACAAAGUGUCCAGAUGUUAACAUUACUGGACAGAAUGGAUGAUAUGAAUUUGGAUGAAAUUAGGGCUGUAAUGAAUUUACUGUGUUGCCUUGCCUAUAGUUAUGAAAACUCAGUUGUGAGAGAUGACAUUCACAUGAUAAUACGGAAAGAACUGAGUAGUUCUAGCCCUAAAAUAAAAGUUCAAGGUAUACUGGCUAGCAUUCAUGCAGUAAAAUAUCUUAUGGGUAGCUGCAAUGAUGAUCAUACACCAGAUUUACCAGAUGAUAACAGUUUUGGAUCUGUUUCACAUUUGUCCGAGGGUGACCUACGUGAAGCUGCCUUAAUUAUUGAACUUGUUAGCAGAAGCACACGUCAAUUUCCAGAUAUGAUUGCCUUUUUUUAUGAUGAAUUAUCAAAGAUUGUUGAAGAGGCCACUCAUAUAAAUAAGCAAUUUUUGUUAUGGCUGACAGAAGCAGUAACAAAUGACUUGCAACAAAAUUUCAUUGUUGAAAAUAUAGAACCAGAAAGAAUUGGUGAGUUAAAAUUAUCGUUCCAAUAUUGUCUUAAUGCUGAAAGUGAAAUGGACGAAGUCAUAGCAAUAAAUAUAGCAGGACUAGCUUUACAACCCAAAAGUGAAAUAAAUGUGAGUAUCUUGCCUCCUCUAUUUCAGCUUGUACAAAAAUUACACUGCAAGCAGUAUGAUGGAAAUUUAUCAAAUAUAGAUGCAUUAUUAGGAUGUCCAGUUAUAAUGCCAAAAAUUGCUUUAGAUUUAAUUGAAGAUCUGGAUAGUACAACUGUCAGUAACAUUUUAGAUUGUUUAAUUCACUGUGUUAAUUGGUUUCGAGAAUUAUUAAAUGCUUUUGCUAUUCAGGAUGAUGAUGCGCUCAAAAUGAAAAUUUUGCAUAGGGUUGUACAAAUUGAGGAAUUAGAAAUAUUAUGUGAGCAAAUUAUUUUGAAAUCAAAUAUAAUAUAUAAACCUCCAGCUUGCAAUUUUAAUAUAAAUAAAUAUACAGGCGCGACAGAUGAAAAAAAACCACUACAAACUAGAACAUCAAAACAAAAAGCACAAAAAGUAAAUACACAAGAUAAUACUGUAGUACCAGAAACUAUUAAGACUCAAACAACACAAGAUAAUCCAAACACAGUAAAAAAUAAACUUGUUGCUAUACACAAUAUCCCCCUUCGUCAUUUAGGUCUUAGUGUGCUUCACCUAUUUAAUAAUGAUUUGUCAACAACUGAUCAAGGAGAUGAAAUCAAUAUGUCUAUUAAAAUCUUAAAGUUCCUUUUAAAAUGUGUUAACAUAAAUAUAGAAAAUAUACUGAUAACUAAAAUAAAAAGACAAACAUUUCUCUCAAAACAUGAGCAAUCUUUUGUCUAUGAUAAAAAAAAAGCAGAAGAAUGUGCAAAAUCAAUAAAUAAAAUAUUACCAAAAACGGUAGAUUAUCUUAAGACUAUAACAUUUUUUCUUGAUGACUUUAUGGCUUCUCAUGACAGUCAAAAUGAGAAUACUUUUAUUUUCACACCCGAAGUAUUUGACUACAUUACCUGUUUAGAAUAUAUAUUUAAUAUGCUUGCAACAUAUUUUAAAUGGAUUGGAUUCAGAAAUAAUCAGAAUUCUUUACUUAAAAGUUCCCUCAGAACUAUAGCAUUUACUGAUAAUACAAAUCUAGUAUCAUUAAAGGACUUAGUAUCAGCAGUGGCUAAGCAUCUCCUAAAAUAUGAAAAAUACUGUUUUCAAUUAACCACUGCUGUAGCUCUAAUAGAAUUGCUGAAAUCUGUUCAAGAAUAUUCUGAGAACACACUAACAUUAAAGGUACUUAGAGAUAUGGCUCACAAUUUUUUAUCACAGAAAUGGAAUACUCCCGAUGGAGUACCCGAAAAGGGCCUACUUUUCAAUCAAAGUGUGGACAAAUUUGCUGCCCUCUAUUUCAUUAACAAUGAAAUUUUAGAAUUGAAAACUUUAACUAUUCAGUUGUUAAAUGAUAUUAAAGUACUGAAAGGUCGAAAUGAUACACUGAGUACAUUGAAAACUAUAAAUAAGGGGAAUUUUUCUAUUUUAUACAGAAAUUUAGGGACAGCAGUCCAUGAAGCUACUAAAUCUCGUUUAAGUAAAGGAUUGACUAAUACAGAACACUUAGACUUAUGGAAAGAUGUGGCUGUUAUUUUAAAGCACAUGUCAGACAUUGCAAAAACUCUUGAAAACAGAAAUAACUUAUCAAGUUUUUUCAAUAAAUCUCUUCCAGUCCUAAAGUUAUUUUUAUCUCAAGGAGUUCCUAUUCUAGAAUUGCAGCUAAAACAUAAUACUGAAGAAGUGCUGGAAAUUUUGAAAAUCCUCCAGCAAUCUACAAGAUUUUUGCAAUCAUUAUGCUGUCACUCGAGAUUAAAGAAAGAUAUUGUUUUAAUAAGUAAGGUACCAUAUAUGAGACAGUUGCUAGAGACACUCAUCUAUAAAGUGAAAGCAGCGCUUGCUGCUAACAAAUGUUCUGAAGCUUUUUGGAUGGGCAAUCUAAAAAACAAGAACAUUCAUGGUGAAAUAAUAGCCAGCCAAGAAAGUAUUGAAAGUGAACAAUCUGUUGAAAAUGAUGAUGAAGAAUUGCCUGAUGAUGUUGAAAGUGAAAAUAGUGAUGAUGAUAUACUUAAUCCUGAUUCUAAAAGUAUCAGUGACAUUGUAUAAAUAAAUAUUUUGCCUACAU